AGGCCGGGGCCCCUAUCGCGAGAGCCGCCGGCACGCGCCGCUGGGAUGUCGGACAACGAGGACAAUUUCGACGGCGACGACUUCGACGACGGGGAGGAGGACGAGGGGCUCGAUGACUUGGAGAACGCGGAGGAGGAGGGUCAAGAGAAUGUAGAAAUCCUCCCAUCUGGAGAGCGCCAGCAGGCCAAUCAAAAGCGGAUCACUACACCCUACAUGACCAAAUAUGAGCGAGCCAGAGUGCUGGGCACCCGUGCUCUUCAGAUAGCGAUGUGCGCCCCAGUGAUGGUGGAACUGGAAGGAGAGACAGACCCCUUGCUGAUUGCAAUGAAAGAACUCAAAGCUCGGAAGAUCCCCAUUAUCAUCCGCAGGUACCUGCCAGAUGGAAGCUAUGAAGACUGGGGUGUGGAUGAGCUAAUUAUCACAGACUGACCUGCCUUCUGUCAAUGCUUCCUGGUUCUUCCUUCUCCUACAGAUGUUUUUAUUUUUGUUUAUACUUGUGUAAAUAAAGUCUUAAAACCCCAUG